AUUUCUAAAAUAAGUUUAAGCAGCAUUUACAACUUUGCUUUUAUCAUUCGGUGAGUUAAACACCACCAUUUAGUGGCCCAACAUUAGAGUUCAGACACACCUUAUGAGUCCAUAAAUGAGCAUGAUGCCGCCAAACCUACAGCUGAGAAUAUGGAGGUACAAGGUGGACGAAGGGCUGAGUGGUACGCUACCCCCACCUGGUGGACAAGUAGAGGAACAACCGCUGGGUUAAUGCCACACAAAUCAGACCGGUUUUUCACGUCACUCUGUGUGUUUGUGUUUGUGUUUUCUGAGACAUUAAAGCAAAGAGGAAGCAUUGGAUCAUUCUGACACAGAAAGCAGCUCAGACUGUAAAACGAUCGUCUUCUCCUCUCAGGGCGCUGAUUCAGCACAUGAAGGAGGAACUAAAAUCCUAAAAUCAGCUUCAGAAGUGAAACAAGAUGUCUUUUUUCAAUAAUUCAGAUAAUCCAACUUACUACUAUGAUGAUUACUAUGACGACUACAACAUCAGCAGUACAGAAAGUCUGUGUCUCUUCAGUACCAGCUACAGUGUCAGCCUUGUGGUCGGUCCUUACAUCCACGCCAUCAUCUGCAUCCUGGGCUUAGUGGGGAACGGCCUGGUAAUCCUCACCUACGCCUUCUACAAGAGGACCAAAUCCAUGACGGACGUCUACCUGCUCAACGUGGCCAUCGCUGACCUGCUCUUCGUCCUGGCUCUACCCUUCAUCAUCUACAACGAGCUGUACUCCUGGCCGAUGGGCCAGGUGGCCUGCAAGCUGCUGCGUGGUUCCUACAGCGUCAACCUGUACAGCGGCAUGCUGAUGCUGGCCUGCAUCAGCACCGACCGCUACAUCGCCAUCGUCCAGGCUCGCCGCAGCUUCAGGCUACGCUCGCUGUCAUACAGCCGCGUUAUCUGUGUCCUGAUCUGGCUCUGUGCCGUCCUGGUGUCUGUUCCCACUUUCUACUUCUACCACUGGUACGAGCCAACACAUAGCAUCUAUAUUGGCUUUGAUGAAGAGGAAAAGACUCCAACAGCUCCUCAGUAUGUCUGUGAGAUUAAAUUUCACAACACUGGGACAGCAAGGAUCUGGAAGAUAGGCGUUCCUAUCAUCCAGCUCUCCAUUGGCUUCUUCCUGCCGUUGCUCAUCAUGAUCUUCUGCUACGCCUCAGUCAUGGUCACCCUGCUGAAAAACAGAAACUUCCAGCAACACAAAGCAGUCAGAGUGGUGCUGGUCGUGGUGCUCGUGUUCAUCCUCUGCCACCUGCCAUACAACCUCGUCCUUUUGUUCGACACUAUCAGUUUGUUCGACCAAAUUGAUUGUCACGUUGCGGACUCCCUGCAGACGGCGAUUACCCUGCUGCAGACCUUGGCCUACAUGCACUGCUGCCUGAACCCAGUGCUGUACGCCGUCUUCAGGGUGAAGUUCAGGAACCGCCACUUCUCCAGUGACACCUCCAAUACCUACAUCUCCCAUGUAGCUACAUUGGUGGACGAUUCCAAUAAAGGCGCGUCUAUUACCAUGUGAUCAGCGUCAGGAGCUGAUUCAGACCUGCAGAUUUCAAAGGAACUUGUUCUAAAGCAGAUUUUGACAAAUGGCCGUCCCUCUCAGACGUGGAGAACCCAACGGACCGUCGUCUGAAGUAGAACCAGAACUUGUUGGAAAGUCCUGCAGCUCCUCCAGUGCUGCUGUUGGCCUCUUAGCGUCGGAGAAACGUCCCGUUUUGAUGAUGUCACUCCUGAGCCGACAUUCUCUCCCUUUAUUUCUGACUGUCUUCACCGUCCACUUUUACAAAUAAAAGCCUGCAGGUUGUUCUGGACCCUGAACGCUGGGAUCCUUAUGUUCCUCAGUAACAUCUCUGCUCUCGGCUGAAGGAUGCUGAAGAACAGAAAAGUUGAACAAGGAGAGCUGAGCUUUAUUUCAAAUUCAAAAAAUCUUUAUUACUGAGGUUUUAUUCAGCCUCUAAAACCUGGAGAAUUUCUUCAAUUUGUUUGAAAUGUUUGUCAAAAAUACUUUCUAUAGAUUAAUCCUAAUAUUGUCCUGACUUUUAGUGAUAUCUGGGGUUUUUCUGGUUCAUGUGAACUUGUUUAAGCCGAGGAUGUUAAAUAUGGAGACUUAAUUUCUCAGCUCCAGGCGGCUCUCUGUCUUUAUCUCCUUCCAUUUUCUUUCAGCUUUUUUCUGCUUGAACUUAAUCAGCUUUGGGAUCAGUUUAAAGAUUAAACCCUGAAACAUUUGCCUCCUGUCAGGCGUGAGCUCUUUAGCAACAAUAACACGCAUGUAGCUGACUAACUGAGACGACACACACUCAUCAUUUCUCCAGAUAGUCAUCGGAGACGCCUCUACAAAAGUAUAUAUCAAAUACAAAUAGCAUCCCACUUUUUAAAUUUCAAGAAAAAUUUCAAAUUUCAAAAAUUGUGCCAACUGGGCCAUACUGGCACUAAACUGUAUGGGUUCCAUCUGGAUUUCAUUCAGUCUAAACAUGUAGAACUUCUUCAUUGCUUGUUGUGGGGAAACUAAACUUGCUACAGAUGUAACCAGGAUGUUGUCGUUACAAAUUAUUGUGUUUAUUUCCUUCUUUACAGCAAAUGUAUGAGUCUUGUAUGUAAACAUCUGUUUUAUUUUUUUUAUUUUUUGGGCGGGACUUAUUUUUUUUGGGGCAUUUAAAUAUCAUUUUCUCAGGCCUAGAAUAAUUUACUUUAUUCUGGUAGAUAUUUUCUUUUUCUCAGUUUAGUCACUGUACAAGUUCAGAAAUGCCUUUUAAAAUACGAGUAUGCAUGUUUUUUUUUUUUUUUUUGGUAAAUAGACCCUCAGACUUAAGAGGUUACGCAACAUUAAUCUGCUGCUUGAAUGUCAGCUUUGAGGCUGAUGUACAAUCUGGAUUUCAGUGGAUUUAAAGUGUAAAAAUAAAUAUUUUAUCAAUCCAAA